GUCAUUCGAAGAUUGUCCUCCACAGCAGCAACGUUUUCUUGGAAAGCGAAUGAGAAUAGGAUAAUUAUAUAAUUGGUGAUUUAAUUAAUUCAACAAAACGCACUGAAAUAGUUGGAAUUGGAAUUUUAGAAUAGAAAAUUAAAAAAAGGUAUGUUAUAAAUUAUUCUUCUUUCGGAAAUUUUUUAAAUAUUUAAUGGUGAAAUUUUGAACGAUGGACAGUCAUGAAGUUACUAUUAAUUUCGUCUUCAAUGGCUUAACACUUCUUUUUAUAUAGAUUUGUUUAAUCUAUCUUUUUUAUGUAAAAAAGAUUUAGAUUUAAAAGAACGGUAUUAAAGAUUUUUUAAUAAUUUUAAUAUAGAAAUUGAUUCUUUUAAAAGUAUCUAUUUUAUUUUAUAUUUAUUAUAACGAUUUUUGUAUAAUUCUUCAAGUUUAAUAUUCUGGGUUAUCUAAGGCUUGAAAGUGAAUUUAAUAGUAAAUUAUGAAGGUAUUUCAACUAUUGACGUUAGAAUGAAUAAUCGUUGCAAGAAGAUUAAACACCUUUUAGAAAAACUAAAUUUGUUCUCUUGGGUCACGAGAGCAUUUCUGAAUAGGUUUUGUGACUUUACCCCAGUUUUGGGCCAAAUUUGUUAAUAGACCCUUUUUCGUCCAAUAAUAUAACAGAGGAAUACAGCUCAAUGAAGCGAAUAUUCCGUCUGGAUAUAUUGACAUAAUACGCGGUGCGUUUCUAUUGAUUUGCUAUCGAUGUUCAUUUCGUAUGCAUGUAUGAAAUUCUUGUUUCAUUUGCUUAACGUUCAUCUAACUUUCAGAUAUGUCUUUGGUAAUAUUUGCCGCCCUUUGUUACUUGGUAUCUUCGGCACCAACGACGCCAACACCUAAAGAAGAACUAGUCGCCAACGAAGAGUGUACCCUCGCUGAUGUUGUAUUCGUACUCGACUCUUCUGGAUCAAUCACACUUCCAAAUUGGCAAAAAAUUCUUAGUUUUGUACAACAAACAAUUGCUGAUUUAAAUGUUGGUCCUCAUUCAACAAGAAUUGGUCUCCUAACCUAUGGUAAUAGAGCUACUAUUCAAUUUCAUCUGAACAAAUAUUCAGAUAAGCAAUCAAUUAUAAAUGCUGUCGAAAACAUAAAAUGGAAAAACCAAAAUACAAAUACUUCUGGUGGGAUUUAUGUUAUGGAUAAAGUAAUGUUCUCAUCAGAAAAUGGGGAUAGACCUAGAGCUCCCAAUGUUGGUAUUAUAAUAACAGAUGGCGUUAGCAGUGAAAAUUAUGGAGCUAAUUUGACCAUACCUUAUGCUGAAGAAGCACGGAAAAGGGGAGCUACCUUGUUUGCAAUAGGAAUUGGAGACAAAAUUAGUAUGAAAGAACUUGAUGGAAUUGCUGGAAAUAGUUCUAAUGUUAUGCUAGCAACAGACUUUGAUACUCUAUCAACAAUAAAAGCAGCAAUUGUCUCUAAAACUUGUGAAGUUAUCGUUGAAUGUAAAAGCUCUGCUGAUAUAGCUUUCAUUCUUGAUACUAGUGGAAGUGUUGGACCCCAAAAGUUCGACUCAAUGAAAGGUUUCGUUAAGACGAUGAUUGAUAAGCUAAAUGUCGCCGAAGAUUAUUCUAAUGUUGCUGUCGUAACAUAUUCAGAUAAUCCAAAGUUAGAGUUUGACUUAACUUCUCAUCAGACCAGAGAUGAUUUGAAAAAUGCCCUUGAUAAAGUUAAAUAUAGAAGUGGUAGUAGCAACACAGCUAGUGCCCUAAGGUUGGUAUCUAAUAGAAUUUUCUCAAUGGCUGGAGGAGAAGACACUAGACUUAGAAAUAUUGCCGUCUUGAUAACAGACGGAAAUUCAAAUGAUUUGGCAGAAACUAUAGAAGCAGCUAAAGAACUAAAACUUAGAGGAGUUGGAAUUUUAGUUUUAACAGUAGGAAAUGUGGAUUGGAUAAAUUUCCAUGAAAUUUAUGAAAUUGCAUCAGAUCCUGAUACUCUAAAUGUUUUCCGAAUAACAGAUUUAAAUAAUAUUAAUGGUGUUGCAAGAAGACUAAAAACAGCUUUGUGCGAUGAAUCAAUCGCAUGCGAACCGAACCCUUGCCAUAAUGGAGGAGUCUGUAUUCCCAGACUUGGUAAUUACGUCUGCAACUGCAAAAAUGGUUGGGCUGGAGAUCAUUGUACACUUCCAUGCAAGCAAUCAGCUGAUAUAGUCAUUGCUUUAGACUCGAGUGGAUCAAUUGGAAAUCAAAAUUUUUAUGGUCUGUUAAAUACAAUCAAAGAUUGGAUAGCAAAUAUUGAUCAAAACUCUCAAAUCGGUUUACUGACUUUCUCUGACACAACGAAAGUUGAAUUCAACCUAAAUACCUACACUGGACGAUACCAAAUAAGAGAUGGUGUCAGUUUUCCAUAUCGUCGCGGAGGAACCAACACAGCUGAUGCAUUAAGAGUUAUGAGAACUAAAAUGUUCCGUUCCGAGACUGGUGAUCGGCCAAAUGUACAAAAUAUUGGCAUUCUUAUAACCGAUGGCAAGUCAGGCAAUAAAGAAGAAACUUUCAACGAAGCUAUUUUGAAUAGGAAUGCUGGAAUUCAUAUGAUUUCGAUUGGGGUUGGGGUAUCUGGCAAUAAGUAUGCCCAACAAGAGCUCAGAGGGAUAUCUUCCGAUCCUGACAAUGUAAAUCUUAUUAAUGUUGAUAAAUUUUCCGACUUGCCCAAUAUUACAGAAAAAAUCAUACAUUUAACUUGUAAAACUGAGAAAUCCUGUGAUCCCAAUCCAUGCAAAAACGGAGGAGUUUGUUUUGAGCGCACUGGUUCCUAUGAAUGUAGUUGUACUGUUGGUUGGACAGGAAAGAAUUGCGAUCGCUCUUGCUCAAUUGGAGAUAAAGUAGACUAUGCUAUAGCCAUUGAUUCAUCUGGAUCUAUUAGAGAAAGCAGGUUUAUUUUAGUCUUGGAAGAAGUUAAGAAAAUAAUAGAUAAAAUGCAAAUUUCUAACGAAAAAGCAAAAAUAAGCUUGGUAAAAUUCUCUGAUGACGCGGAAAUCAUUUUCCCUUUAAAUAGGUAUAACAAGAAGGAGGAUAUUCUUCAAGCGGUAGAAAAUGUACGAUAUACUCACGGAAAAACUAACAUUGCCGCUGUUCUAAGAUUAGUUAGAGAAACUGUAUUUAAUUCCAACAAUGGCGACAGAGCAGAUGCUCCAAAUAUACUUCUCUUAAUAUCAGAUGGCUCGCCGACUGUGGAAGAAUCCGCAACUAUACCAGAAGCCAUAGAAACUCGACAAAAUGGUAUCACUAUUCAAAUGGUUACAAUUGAGAAAAAAAUUGAUCUAAUGACCAAAGCAAUAGCUAGCAAGCCUUACAACUCAAAUAUCUUUUUUGUCAAAAGAUAUUCGCAAUUAGCAACUUUAAUUGACCCUAUUGCUGAUGGAGUAUGCGACAAAGUCAAUGAAUGCUCUCCAAAUCCUUGUCAAAAUGGAGGACAGUGUAUUGAUGGACUGAAUCAGUUUUAUUGCAGAUGCCCAGCUCUGUACACGGGAAAGAAAUGCGAGUUACGAUGUAAUACUAGAAAAGAUGUUGUUCUUAUUCUUGAUGGAAGUGGUAGCGUUUCAGAGCAAUAUGAAAUGACUCAGAAAAUAGCUUCUGAAAUUGUUUGGUCGUUAAAUUUUAAUCAACAAAGAACAAGAGUAGGCGUUGUAACUUUCAACGAUACAGCAACUGCUAGAUUUCACUUAAAUACUUAUACUAAUCAGCAACAAGUUUUGAAUGCUAUUGCAUUUGGCCCACCGAGAGGAAGAACUCACACAGCUUCAGGAUUAAACUUGGCUUCAACAGAAAUGUUUAGCUUUUCAAAUGGGGAUAGAAAUGGUGAUGAAAAUAUUGCUAUACUGAUUUCGGAUGGUCGUUCAAAUGUUAAUUCUGGUGCUAAUAUGGGCGAAGCCAGAACCUUAAAACAGACGGGAGUUAAAAUUUUCGGAAUAGGCGUUGGUAACAAUGUAGAUCGAAGAGAAAUCGAAAGUAUUGCCUCCUCACCCUCAUCAAAGUACGCUCUUUUCAUUAGAGAAGAAAAAGAGAUUACUGCCAAGACUCGCUCUCUAGCUGAAAGUCUUUGUUUGUAG